UCUUUCUUUUCUUUUUUUUCCCCUGCAUCAUCUUUCUUUUUUUCGCUCUUGUGACUUUGGGAGAGAUUUACUGCACGCAUACUCCCGGACAUGUCUUUGCCUCAGCUGGGGUAUCCCCAGUUCCUCAGCGCCUCCCAUGAGGUGUACGGAGGCGAGCGGCCGGGCUCUGCCCGGGAAGGAACCACCGAGGGCGGCGUGAGCUCAUCAGCGACCGCCGCGGCUGUCGGCUCCAUGCUGGGGAUGUACGGAAGCCCAUGGGCGGCUCAUAACUACAGUGCCUUUCUGCCGUACAGCGGAGCCACAGACCUCGCCCUCAUAUCCCAGAUGGGCUCACAGUAUGAGCUGAAGGACAGCCCGGGGUCCCACCCAGCUUCUCUACCUGUUCACACCGCCCAAGGCUUCUACCCCUACGGCCAGUACCCGUACGGAGACCCGUCAAGGGCCAAAACGGCCACAAGGGAGACCACCAGCACCCUGAAGGCCUGGCUGCAGGAACACCAGAAGAACCCUUACCCCACCAAAGGAGAGAAGAUCAUGCUUGCUAUCAUUACGAGAAUGACACUCACACAGGUGUCGACGUGGUUCGCGAACGCCCGCAGACGCCUGAAGAAGGAGAACAAGGUCACCUGGGGCCGCAGCGCUGAGGACCGGGACGGCCGCAUCUUCAGCAGCGACAACGAGGACGAGCACGGCAAGAACGGCAGCGACGACGAAGAUGAAGAGGAGGAGAUAGAUUUGGAAACCGUCGAUAUCGAGAGACCCGAGGAGCAGCGCGAAGGGGAGCGUGGCUCCGCGAGGGGGGAGGCCGAGGCGGGCCUGUCCGCCGCCGAGCAGGCCUCUGAGUCGAAGAGCUCGGAGAGCAGCAGGACGCUUUCUGCGGAGGCCCUGAGAGGAGCCGAGGCGGGUGUUUCUCUCGGUAAAUCGCCCAGUGUCAAGCUUCCCGCGGAUCAUUCGCCCGGCAGGCAGGAGUGCCAGAGACCAGCACAGAGCAAACCUAAAAUCUGGUCUCUGGCUGAGACCGCCACGGCGCCCGACAGCUCUCACAAAUCUCCCCCCGCGGCCCUUGCGCACCACGCGGCUUUGGCCUCCACCGGACACCCGGCCUUACUCCCGGGUCACGGAAUAUAUACGUGCCAGAUUGGCAAGCUGCACAACUGGGCCAAUGCAGCUUUUCUGAAUGCCAACUCUCUUUUGAACAUGAGGUCGCUCCUGGCAGGGGCGCCGGCCGGACACCUGCCCGUCCACGGCGCAGUGCCGGCUGCGCGUCGUGACGCACGACCGGCAACGGUCGGCACGGGAACGUCGGGUACGGAAGACGACAGCGAUGUAGAGUCAUCAGGGAGCUUCAGUCCAAAAAGAGAUGAUGAAGAGAGCGACCACAGGCCCGAUUCCCUGAAGUCCCCCUUUCAGAUGAUCACUGACAGACCUCACCACGGGACAGCAGCACAGCGAGUUCUGACAACAACAAUAUGAGAAGAGAAAGAAAAAGGAAUAAUUUUAUUUAAUGGAGAACAGUUUAACGAAGGAUAUUUUUUGGACUGGGAGGCCUGUUGUAGUAUUACUGUUUAGCUUCCACAUGAGAAAGAGAUGUUCGCGUUUUUUGUUUGUUUGUUUUUUGUUUUUUUUUUUAGUCUCUGAAUCACUUGUAUUUCUCUUUUAUGUCCUCUUAUGUCCCCCCCCUCUGUUCCUCUGUUGUGAAUGGAAACCUUGGAAAAAAAAUUGUAAAUACAGGAUAUGAAUUUGUCUUUAAAGAAUAUAUUUUUUGGGAACUAAAUAAAUGUCAUUAUAGCGCUUUAUUACUGAAGAAAAUCCCACCACCUGUAUUUAAUAAGAGGGGACCAAUUUCCAGCCAAAGAAACAAGGGCAGAAUGCAGAUUAAGAAGCACUGUAAACUUCCUAAACUAAGCACACAUUAUUAUUAGUAUUGUUUUUUUGUUUUUUAG